ACCGGCAUAGUGGUGGUUACUCUCCACCCCUUUCUCUCUCACACACUUGCCAAUCAUCAUUCAGCUUUUCAGCACUUUUUGUCACACACAAAACACAAAUCACAAACAUAGGGUUUUUUUUUAGGAUCUCUUUUUCACUAAAACAAUCAGAAAAACAUCGAUAAAAAUGCCCUAAAAUGGUGUCUGAGUUCUUCUGCUACUACUAUUAGAUAUCAUACCAACAAACGCCCUAAAAAGGUUUGUAAAUAAAUGACAAGGGAGGAUCUGGAUUGCUAUAUUAUUCACUUGUGCUGUACAAGUUGCAACGAAUCGCUUCAGAUCACACUUGGUCCAAUCAACACCUUUAGAUCGAGAACGUUUUUGCAGUAUUCAUGUUGCCGGAGGGGUAGUUAAGCUAUGGAUUGCAUCAAGGCUGCCACUCUUCUGAAGGGAUCUUUGUGGUUUCACCUGUUUCUCUUGACUAUCUGUUCAUCCAAUUUGUUAUAUGUAAUAUCAGAGGAGAAGCUACCUCCCAGUCCCACGUCUACGUCUCAACUAGUUAGCCUUCCUAGCUCUGGAAUCUUUGAGCCUAUAGAAAUAUCACCUUCAGUUUUACCACAUUACCCCUUUCUGGGGAAAACUUUGCCACCCAUGUACCCUGCCUUCCCAAAGACAUACAAACCUGUGUUAACGGGCAAAUGCCCCUUUAAUUUCUCUUCCAUUUCAAAUAUCAUAGAGAAAACAGCAUCCGAUUGCUCUCAACUUUUAGCACCACUGGUAGCAAACGUGAUAUGUUGCCCACAAUUUGGUAGCUCACUCCACAUAUUUCAAGGCCAUUUCACUAAAAGUUCGGAUGUUUUAGUCCUAGAAAAUAGCACCGCUGAUGACUGUUUCUCGGAUAUUGUGGAAGUUUUGGGUAGCAGAGGUGCAAACAGCUCUGUUUGUUCUUUCCAAUCAUCAAAUCUAACGGGUGGUUCGUGUCCUGUGAAGGAUGUAAAUACGUUUGAGAGGACAGUAAACACGAGCAAAUUAUUGAGUGCUUGUAGUGUGAUUGAUCAUCUUAAGGAGUGUUGCAGAUCGGUAUGUCAACCCGCAAUUGCGGAGGCUGCAUUUCAGAUAUCUUCAUUGGCAUCCAAUUCCGAUAAUACUCAUGUAUUAAAUGACUGCAAAGGAGUUGUCUAUUCAUGGCUUUCAAGGAAACUUCCAUCCGAGGCUGCGGAUUCUGCUUUCCGGUUAUUGGCUGCGUGUAAAGUUAACAAAGUUUGCCCUUUGGAAUUCAAGCAGCCAGUUGAGGUGAUAAAAGCUUGUCGAAAUUUGGGUGCCCCCAGUCCGUUGUGCUGUAGUUCAUUAAAUUCUUACAUUGCGGGAGUACAAAGGCAAAUGUUAAUUACAAACCAACAAGCAAUAAUCUGUGCAUCCGUUUUUGGAUCAAUGCUACGCAAAGGUGGAGUACUUACUGAUGUUUAUGAGCUUUGUGAUGUUGACUUGAAGGAUUUUAGUCUACAAGCAGCUUAUGGAGAAGAAGCAGGGUGUCUACUUAGAAGCAUGCCUGCAGACGUGGUGUAUGACAACUCAAGCGGGUUCAGCUUUACAUGUGACUUGAGCGACAAUAUUGCUGCUCCAUGGCCUUCUUCAUCAUCUAUGGCCUCCUUCUCUCUUUGUGCUCCUGAGAUGUCAUUGCCUGCACUACCAACAUCACAGACGGAAUAUCCUGGCUGCAAUGGGUUUCUUUUGGAUGUGCUCAUAUUCAUGUUUGUGCUUUUUAUAGUUCCUUUGAACGAUUAGAUGUAGGUGAGGUGAGAGAGUUUGACUGGUGGCAAAGUAGAUGUAUAUUUUGAGAAUGAUUUUCAAUGUAUAGUGUGUUCAUUUAUUAUUGGUUUGGUUCUAGUGAAUGUUAUAUGUGGUUGGUAUAUAUAGAUCAUCUUUUUGA